ACCCGUCCGGGAGGCUGCGGUGGGGCUGGAGCCGCUGCAGCCGCUGCCGGCGCUCGCCAUGGGCCCGGGUCCCCAGCUGCUGCUACCUCUCGCGCUUUGCGUGGGGCUCGGCGCGCUCGUGACUUCUGCGGGGGCCUCGGGCGUCAGCAGGCGAGGCCCCACGGUGACGGCCAAGGUCUUCUUCGAUGUGAGGAUUGGAGACAAAGAUGUUGGCAGAAUCGUGAUUGGCCUCUUCGGAAAGGUUGUGCCCAAGACUGUGGAAAAUUUUGUCGCGCUCGCAACAGGGGAGAAAGGAUACGGCUAUAAAGGAAGCAAAUUUCAUCGCGUCAUCAAAGAUUUCAUGAUUCAAGGAGGAGACUUCACGAGUGGGGACGGCACCGGCGGUAUAAGCAUUUAUGGUGAGACAUUUCCAGAUGAGAACUUCAAGCUGAAGCAUUAUGGCAUUGGGUGGGUGAGCAUGGCCAAUGCUGGGCCUGAUACCAACGGCUCUCAGUUCUUCAUCACCUUGACCAAGCCCACCUGGCUGGAUGGCAAACAUGUGGUAUUUGGAAAAGUCAUUGAUGGAAUGACGGUGGUCCACUCCAUAGAACUUCAGGCAACUGAUGAGCAUGACCAUCCGCUCACCGACUGCUCCAUUGUCAACAGUGGCAAGAUAGACGUGAAGACCCCCUUUGUGGUUGAGGUCUCUGACUGGUGAUACAACGGGAGGAAAACAAGAAACACACCGUGGCAGGGGUGUGUGUGUGUGUGUGUGUGUGCGCGCGUGCACAUGUGUGUCUUUUGAGUUUCCAAAGUUACUGUUUUGCUCUGUUUUCUUACCUCUGUGUCUCACUCUCAAUCACAGGAAAGUUCAAAACAUCAACCACUCCGUGAUUAGUUUGCAUGAAUUUAGGUAAAUCACUUGUUUAGGGACUUGGCACUUCAAAGACCUCGCCCCUUCCUCCAACGGUGCUGUUUUUAAACGAGAAAACUUUGUAUUGUCUGUUUUUGUUUGGAGAACACGGUCAUUAUCUUGCUGCACAGUCAUUAUCUUGUUGAAUUAAUUGUAAUCCCCAAGUUGAGCGAGGACGCUGAAGAUUCGUCUGAAGAAGGUGGGGACAGUGACGUUCGUUAUUUUGUACUCAGACAAAUUCUUUGCAGGUAAAGGGAGAUUUGAUGAGUGUAAUCUGUAAUCUGAGUUAUGUCAUAGGGACUUUUACCUGAUAAAAGGUGCUUUUGUGUCCUAUUAAAUGCUUUUUAUAUAGG